UGCUUCAUUUCUGUUGUCCGAAGUCGACUAGCGAAACAGAGGAGCAAAAGCUUGAAGAAGACGAAGGACUAACAAUUUUAAGAAACUCAAAGAAAAAAAAGAACUCCGAUUUCUAGUUUUAUUCGCUUGGGAAGUGGUGCUGAAGUUCUUUGGUCUUUUGGGUAUCAAUGGCGGAUCAUUCACUAGGUCCGGCCAGCUUCUGGACCCAAGCAAAUGCUCUUCUCAGGAAGAACUUGACAUAUCAGUGAAUUGGACAAGCCCAAAUACGGAUGUGGUUGUACUUGUAUUGAUACUAAUGGAGAUGGCCGCUGUGAGGAAGUCUGUGGAGUACAAUUUUCAACUCUGGAACAAGCUUCCAGUUGCCCAAUUCCAAGCCCACCUGAAUGGCCUCCUUUGUUGCAAAUGCCUGCUCMCGAGUUUCGUGCUGUUAGAACCAAUUUUAAUCCAUUCACAGACUUACCAGACGAGUCGUGCAGGCGAACUGGGUCCUGUCCUGCCACUGUACUAUUCACUGGAACUAACCAAUCUCUUGGUGAAAUUCUGCUUGGAAGCAUGUUCACAAAUUCAUUCAAUCUGAAUUCCAACAAUGUUUCAGAUAGUCUAGCUUUUAAUGUGGUGGGCUCGAGCUCGAUGACUGAAAAUAACAAUUUUCUGGAGCCAGCUUUUGCUUCAAAUCUUCCUUUGUAUAAUGUGCAACUUCAGUGCACGGGGAACUCUUCUUUGACUGUUUCUGUUCCUGUAUUAUCAGCCGAAAAGCCUCAAGAAGUUAGAUGUGUUCAAGGCUUACAAUUGUGGCGCGACAGUUCYUCCGUGAUCAAUGAUGAGCUAUAUAAAGGAUUUCAUAAAGGAAAUUCAGAGGGGAAGAUUAAUGAAGUCCUUGCAGGUUUUGAUUUCUUAAACUCAAAUGCCAAUAACUUUAAUGUGAGCAUUUGGUACAAUUCAAGUUUUAAAAAUGACUCGGGAAAUCUUUUUCCGGCAUUACUGCGUGUUCCACGCUCAGUGAAUCUGGCAACCAAUGCCUACCUUAAAUUUUUGCAAGGACAAGGCACUGAAAUUCCUUUUGAGUUCGUCAAAGAAAUGCCGAAGCAGGCGUCCAAACUCAAGCUCGAUCUAUCUUCUCUGCUUGGCACUCUUUUCUUUACUUGGGUUGUUCUGCAGCUUUUCCCUGUUGUAUUGACAUCACUGGUUUACGAGAAACAACAGAAGCUGAGAAUCAUGAUGAAAAUGCACGGCCUUGGUGACGGACCGUAUUGGUUGAUCUCUUAUGCAUAUUUCCUCACAAUAUCUGCCAUCUACAUGCUAUGUUUUGUGAUAUUUGGCUCAGUUAUAGGGUUAAAAUUUUUCACAUUGAAUGACUACAGCAUCCAAGUUGUGUUUUACUUCCUCUAUAUAAACUUGCAAAUUUCUUUGGCCUUUCUAACAGCAGCUUGGUUUACUAAUGUCAUUAUACGAGUUUGCACAGUAUUCCUUCGAUGGAAACUUUAUGGGGACUGAUGGAAUGCGUUGGGGGAACUUGAGUGACGAUUUUAACGGGAUGCGAGAGGUCAUGAUUAUCAUGGUUGUGGAGUGGUUGUUGGUAUUUUUGGUUGCAUACUAUGUAGAUCAAAUUUCAUCCUCUGGUGGUGGGAAAAGUCCUUUAUUUUUCUUGAGAAGGUUUCGGAAGAAAGCUGCCGCGUCUUUUAGGUUGCCAAGUUUGCGGAAGCAAGGAUCCAAAGUCUUUGUCCAGAUGGAACAACCUGAUGUCAUUCAGGAGAGGGAGAAGGUUGAACAGUUAUUACUCGAGCCCGAUGAGGGUCAGGCCAUUGUGUGUGACAACCUAAAAAAAGUCUAUCCGGGAAGAGAUGGGAAUCCUGAGAAGUUUGCUGUAAAAGGGUUAUCUCUUGCUGUUCCUCGAGGGGAGUGCUUUGGCAUGCUCGGUCCGAAUGGUGCGGGCAAGACCUCAUUUAUCAGUAUGAUGAUUGGCCUCACAAAGGCUACUGCUGGCACGGCAUUUGUCGAAGGUCUGGAUAUACGGAACGAUAUGGAUAUGAUAUAUACCAGCAUGGGAGUAUGUCCACAGCACGACUUGCCGUGGGAACAACUCACCGGAAGAGAGCACCUGCUCUUUUAUGGCAGACUGAAGAAUCUACGAGGCUCUGCGCUAACUGAAGCAGUGGAAGAGUCUUUAAAAGGUGUCAACUUGUACCAUGGAGGAGUUGCAGACAAAAAAGCCGGGAAGUACAGUGGGGGAAUGAAGAGGAGGCUUAGUGUUGCUAUUUCACUAAUUGGGGACCCAAAAGUCGUUUACAUGGACGAGCCGAGCACUGGACUUGAUCCAGCUUCGAGAAACAGUUUAUGGAAUGUUGUGAAACGCGCAAAGCAGGAUCGAGCUAUAAUUCUUACCACACAUUCCAUGGAAGAGGCAGAGGUGUUAUGCGACCGAUUAGGAAUCUUUGUUGACGGUAGCUUGCAAUGCAUAGGAAAUCCAAAGGAGCUGAAAGGUAGAUAUGGAGGAUCUUAUGUGUUCACAAUGACUACCUCUGCAAAUCACGACGGAGAUGUGGAGAACAUGGUGAAGCAUCUCUCUCCCGGUGCUAGCAAAAUCUACCACAUAUCGGGAACUCAGAAAUUCGAAUUGCCGAAACACGAGGUCCGAAUAGGGGACGUGUUCCAAGCAGUGGAAAAUGCAAAGAGUAGGUUCACAGUCUUUGCUUGGGGUCUGGCUGACACAACAUUAGAGGAUGUGUUUAUUAAAGUUGCUCGAGGAGCACAAGCGUUCAAUGUACUUUCAUGAUUCUCCUCCAUCAGGUCUCCCAUUCAUUCCAUUCUCAUGCUCAUGUUUGUCUUUUAUGUAUAUGUUUGUAAUAUGUUAGUUUCUGUAUAGUUCAUAUGAUUCUACAGCAUUUGUACUUUUUUCCUUUUUUAAUUUUAGAAAUAUAUUGGUCAGAUAGCAGGAGGUUAAUAAAGUAGCAGUUUGGUCUUCUUCAUGAAUCCUUUUUCUCAUAUUAGAUCCAAGAGUGUUCACUCAUAUACACUAUUUUUAGAUUAUCAACCACUCAAGGA